AGCUUCGUGCUUGCCUAUCCGCUCGUCUGAUCUUGCAGGGCCGCAGUGGGCCACCGACCAGAGACGACCCGGCUUUAAUACUGCUAGCUUUCAAAUAUAGCACCACGAGUACUGCUGCUGCUGCUGCUGCUGACCAAGUAUAAAGCGACCCUCCUCUACUCUCCUUUUCAUCUUGAUUCUCCAUCACUUCUUGGUUCUGUUCUCUUCACUUACUUCUCCGCACAUAUGACGAAUCCUUCUCUUCUCCUUGGUGUCCUGCUCGCAUGCACAGGCAUCUCUGCUGCGCUAGUCUCAUCCGCGCCCACCACCUCUUCCUCGCAGCCGUUUGCACUCGUCCUCUCAUCUGCCAACCAGACGCUCGACAGCAGUCUUCUGUAUGCAGCACACUCUGGUGCAGGCAUCGAGAACCUCAAUGUCGGCAGCAAAAACAGGACACUGACUACAUCGAAUACUUUUGUCUUCAAUACCACAGACGAUGGCUACACUGAUCCAACGCUCGGCAAAUCUGGUCUUGUCGCGUGGACUUUGUAUGGCUCAGGCUUCAACGUCUCCCAGCCACUUGCCUUCUCCUACUCGCCCACCUCGGACACCGCCAUCCUCAAGUUUGGCCUGUCGCAAGGCUCGCAGUUCUACUUCAAGAAUGACACUCUUGUUAUUGGUCAGUUUGGCAGCAACGGUACCACCACACCCCUCAGUCGCUUCUUCAUUUGCGCACUGGAUGCCAACCAAAACGGUGGCUACAGCUACACAUCCUUGGUCUGGAAGCUCGGCAAAGGCAAGCCGGACAACAAGGACUGCCAGAAGGUUACGGUCAAGCGUGUGUUUCUGUGAAUGAUGCUUUGAUGAUAAUGAUGAUGAACACUUUGCUGUAGUGGAACCAUCCGGUCUAGCCUG